UCAAAAAUCGGGAAACUUCGAUACGGUUUGUGAUUUGUUGCGACGUUGUUACAUGAGUUUCUAUGACUGUAAACUAAUUAGUUUAACGACUGUUUGACAAUCGUUGAUGUCAUUCGACCGCAUGAUAUGUUGAUCAAGAUCGGUGAAGCUUGACCCAGGCUGUGUAUAAAUAUUCAGGCGGACAGAGUUGUAAAGCAGAACAGGGGGAACAACGGAGAGAAAUAAGAAACAGUAGAUCUAGAAAAUACAAAAACACAAGAAACAUUAAAUACUUAAGAAUAUACAACAAUAUUACAGAACAGUAACAAAGAGUGAACAGUGAAAGCAUAUCUACUGUGUCCUGAGAAAACAGAUACAAAAUAAUAAAGAUGUACCUAAGAACAAUACUGUGUUUCGUUUUCGUGACAUACAGCCAUUCACAAGGUUAUAGAGGAAGAGUAAGGAUUGUAAAUAAGCCCUUCAUAGGUAACCAAAUUCAGCACGACAUCGGAAAAGCACAAGUAGUUGGAAGUGAACUCAGACACGACACGGCAAAGGCUGUCGCUGUAGGACAGCAACUGCAGCACGAUGUUGCCAAAGCAACCAUUGGCGGUGGGUUGCAGCCUGGUUUCGGCCCCGGAGGCCAUAUUGGAAUAGGAUCGCCGAUACUUACCAACCACAUACAGCAUGACAUCGGCAAAGCACAAGUAGUCGGUGGCCAACUUAGACACGACACGGCAAAGGCAGCUACUGUAGGUCAACAACUGGAACACGAUGUCGCCAAGGCGACCAUUGGCGGUGGUAUGCAGCCCGGUUUUGGUCCCGUAGGCCUCAUGGGUAUCGCACACGGAGGUAUGAUACCAGAUGAUAUUUCUAGCGUGAUUGGAAGUACCAUCUUUGGCAGACCGCUAACCGCCGGUGAAAUGAUUGGUAACGUCCUACUUCCCAGACACGGCGGUACUCUGAACCCUGACGGCAUUGCCAAUGGAAUCGGAUCAGUCAUGCCUAACGGACCACAUGACCUCAACGACGGCUGGACAGAUCCUCUCCGCGGCAUGCCAUUCCCAUCUGACUUCAACGGCCAGGAACUCGUGUUUGACCCCAAUAUGAACAGAUACGUCAUUGCUCCCGGAUCUGUUGGACACCAGGUUGCGAAAGCAACAGAGCAUAUCAUCGGAAAGGAGGCAAACCAUAUAGGAAUGAAAACCAUUGGUACUAACCCAGUCAUUGGUGGCAUGGGACAUGUUAACCCAAUCCAACACAACAUCGCAAAGUCAAUGGAUGAUGAUAACAAUCAUAGGAUUGUAAAGGUGUCUUUAGGAGGCGGUAAAUCAGUACAACACAAUAUUGCCAAGGCCACGAUGGGAUGAGUUAAUCCAAUUCAGCAUGAUAUGGCCAAGGUUGGAGCUAUUACCGCUGGAAAGCCCAUCUUCAAUGGUGAUUUGGUAAACCGCGGACCUUUUGGUGGAGUAUCUGCUGGAACCGUCGGUGUGGAUCACCCAAGUGUUAUUGCCCACAACAUCGGUAAAGCAAAGCUCGGAACCGAUGCAGUUCAAGGUCACAACAUUGCGAAGGCAGCUCAAGUGCCAGUAGGAACCGGAUUCAUCAACCCCAACGGACAUGUUGCAAGAAAGAUCGAGGGCGAAGUGAUGCACGACCUUGCCAAAUCAUCAGGUUUCGGAGGUCAAAUUGUCGGCGGAGGUAUGAUGGGAGUUCAUCAACCAGGCAUGAGUGGUGUCAGUCCCUUUGGCGGCAUGCACAGACCAGGAGUGCCGAUGGGUGUUAAUGUCGUACACGACGUCAACAAAGUUGGAGCUUCCGGAGUAGCAACUAUUGGGCACGACCCUCUUGCUUCCUCUCUCGGACAUGGUUUGGCAAAGGGAUCAAUUGGCAAUGCUGCAAACAUCAUUGACAUGAACACCGGUGGCGCCGUCUCCAUGGGCAACCCGUUCGCUAACGCCGCUGCUGCCAACCUUGCCAGGGAGUCCCUCCACGUAGCUCAGAAGACCAUUGGUUUGACUUCUGGUGGCAACCCCGUGAAGGCUCCAACCGGAUACGCCGGACGCCCACGUGUUUUGUAAACCAUUGAAAUACCAAGCUUCUACAACGUGCAAUAUCAAGACACAAGUUAACGUCUAAACUCGGAAUCGACUGAGAGACAUUGACAACCUUGUUAUAUUAUGCAAACAUUUUCAAACCAAAUCCUUUUUUAUAAAAAAACAAAUAAAGA